GAGCGCUGGGCCCCGGCGGGCGUGGCCCCGGCGGGGAGGGCGGGCAUCCCGGCUGCCUAACCUCCCGCCCGGCGCAGCCGCCCGGCCAGUGCCAGCCCCGCGCGAGUCCGGUUGCCAGCCCCGCGCGAGUCCCCAGCGCAGCGCCCGCAGCAUGUUCGGCGUCCAGCAGCAGGUCCAGCCGACGUCGCUGCCUCCGCCGCCGCCCUGGAGCUCCCGCUCGCAGCCGGCCGCCCCCUCUCCGCCCCGCGGCUACUGCCCGGUGCCCCCGCCGCCGGCGCCCUCGCGGCCCUGGUUCGAGUCCUGCCCGGCGCCGCCGCCCUCGCUGCCCGCCACGCUGCCCCGCGCCCGCCAGAGCCGGCCCGCCCCGCUGCCCCUGCAGGUCCAGCCGUGCCCGGAGCCCUUCCCGCCGCAGGAGAGCUGCAACGGGGGCGGCAGCGUGGUCUACGAGCGCGUCCGCACCUACAGCAGCCCCGGCGGGACGCGGGUGCAACUGCUGGACGCGCCCAACGGUUGCUCCCCCCGGGCGCUCUCGCCCUUCGAGGCCAGUCCGGGGUACCAGCACGUGAUCUGGAGCAGCGACCCCCCCUUGCAGGAAGUGCCGUCUCCAGCCUUGAAAUUGUCUCCUUAUUCCCAGGGCAGCGUGCGAAGGAUUAUCUUGGAGAAUCCUGAGAAGGAGCCUCUGUCUCCACUUCUCAGAGGAGGAAAUAAUGUGAUCUAUGAAAAGACAAUAAGGAAAUAUGAGCUGCUAAAUCCAGAGGAGGAGAAGCAGUACCAGUACCUGCAGCAAAGCCAGACUGACCAAUGCCAAGUCAGUCAGCCAGUGGAACGAGUCCAGGUGAUUCAGCAAGGCCAACGCACAACCAAUGCCUGUAACUCUACUCCUGUCUAUGUCAACGAUGCUGGAAAGAGCAGCAUUAAUAAAGUUAUCAUACAGACAUGUGAACCGGUGAAGUGCAUCCAGGAGACAACUGACCAGCUGGACUGCCGAUACUUUGGGGAGCUCCUAGCAGAGCUGCACCGCAAGAGCAACGACCUGCACAGCUGUUUGCUCCAGCAUGUUGAGAAGCUGGGCGGAAGAAGAUGCGAUCUGGAAUCCCUGAAUGAUGCAGAGGAUAUUGAGAGUUUGAUUCCUAAAGGGCUUUCGGAGUCGACAAAACAGCAGAUACGUUAUCUUCUGGAGAUGAGAGCAACAGCUGAUAAGUCCAUGAGGCUUGUCCUUACCACCUUCAGCAAUCUUCGGGAAGAGCUCGUCCAUCUGCAGGAUGACUUAGGGAAACUGGAAAUGGACAAGAUGCUGCUUGAGAAAGAUCUGUCUUUCAAAGAAGCUCAAGUAAAAGAAUAUGAGAUGCUUUUGGCAUCUGUGCGUGAGAAUAAUCGUCAACAGCAGCAAGCUCUCCGUGAAUACACCCUGAAGUGUCGUUCCCUGGAAGAACAGCUGCUGUCUCUCCGUCACAACGACAGCGAGCGGGAAUUCCGGCUGAAAGACCUGGAAUACAGCAAACGGGCCUUGGAGCAGGAAAUUCAGAACUUGAGACUCCAGACUUCCACCAAUCCUCUGGGCCAGACCACCACAGAUGAACUGUCCAGCCGCUACGUAGAGAUGAUCAACCAACUCAGAGAUGAUAAAGACCGGGAGAUCCGCACUCUGCGGUGCACGUUGUCCGAAUUCCAGAAGGAUUUCUCAAGAAAGCAAGGGACUGACACUGACCUGCAGAUAAGACUGCAAGACUUGAUUCUCAAGCUGGAGGAGAGAGAGGCCUGCAUCAAACGGCAGGAGGAGGAAAUCUUCAGAUUGAGGCAAGAAAAAUUAGCCAUCAAUCCAUCUCAAGGAAUCACAAAGACCAUCAUCACAAAAAAAUACAGGAACCAUUACCCCAUUCUUGGCCUCUUAUCCGAUGACUACAAAGCCACAUCACCUGGUGGGGAAACGCAGACCAUCGUGAUUGAAAAAACUGGAGAAACGUGGAAGGAAUCGUUUACUUCUGAUUAAAGACCUGCUGGCGUCUUUCAGGCAGGUCUGCUGAACAAGUUGUGGCUGAUCAGAUGAGUCUGCGUCCAAAUAAAUAUUGUUGCGUUAUCGUUUUGCUUGCACCUUCAUGUAAUGCUGGAAGUCUUGAGAUAACUGGAUCAAUCAGGGUUGGAAGGAAUUGUUAAAAGCACACACUACCAAAUGCAGCAUUUGAAGACGUUCUUCGCACCAGUUGGUUUUUACUUUCAAGCUUAACUGGUCAACUGAAGAAAUGUAUGGAUAUGUGGGUCAGCAAGGGAUCUGGGCUGGGGAAUUCAGAAAACACAUGUGUGCUGGCCAAGCUUCUGUCUUCUCCCUUUUUUACUCCAAAGAUCUGAGAAACUAUAUCCAAUACCUACCUGAUGCUUCAGUUUAGAGAUGCAGAGAUCAAUAAUUGCUGAAUAAAUGUUUUUUCUUUAUUGGGAACAUUCAGUCUAGUACCAAUAUUAUAUCUAGGAAUGCUGCUUCCAACACAGCCUGUUAAUAAAAGCAGUCGAGAGUUAUUUGACAAGUAUACUUUUCUUUAAUAUGUAUUUUCUCAUCAGCAGUUUUCUGUUCUUUUGGAACAAGACGGAGUUAGUAACCUUAGUUAAAGUACUUAAUUGGUAGUACUUGGGUGUAGGGUUAGUUUUUUGAUAUUGUUGUAGUUACUCUGUGAUGUGGUGGGUCAAAUCUUGAACAGACAUGUUUGGACUUAAAAAUGGUAAUUUGUUGUUCUAUCCUUUGAUUUGUGUCAUGAAGCUAAAAUCCAAGAUGUAGAGAAGGAGGAAUGGAAAGAGAAUUGAUUAGAAAGCAAUUUUGCUAGUGCAGUUGGUUAAGAUUUGUGUGUUGUUCAGAGAAAACAGAGAAAAUUAGAUAAUGUUUAUGGACUGCUUCACCAUGAAGCUGAAAAUUGAUUUUGAGAUUGGAAAAUUGUGCUUGUAUGAGUGCAGAGAUGGAUAUGAUGGUGGAUUCAUAUCAUCACAAGCAAAGUUAGUUGAACUUGUACUGCACUGCCUUCCAUCUAGUGCUGGGGAAGACAGCACCUCCCACUCAGAAAGACAAGGAGAGAUGGAGAGUAGAUAACGUCUUUGCAGGAGAGAGUCUUAGAUCAGUAUUUCUCAACCUUGACAAUUUUAAGGCAUGUGGACUUCAACUCCCAGAAUUCCACAGCCAGCAUUGCUGGCUGUGGAAUUCUGGGAGUUGAAGUCCACAUGCCUUAAAAUUGUCAAGGUUGAGAAACACUGUCUUAGAUUCUGCCAUGCAUAAAUGCGGCGUGCUUGCUUAUUCUUGGUGGCUUAUAGAGUCAACUAACUGAUAAAGGAAACUAUUUGCAGGUCAGGGUUGAAAUGAGGGUGCCUUGAUGUUCUCUGAACUUGGUUCUUUUGUUGCAGAUGUUUCAUUACCAAACUAGGCAUCACCAUCGGGGCUGGAAGGAGUGGGGUGUGUAACUGCAUCUUGUACGUAAGCAGAGAGCAAGCCUCACUCCCUUCUAGCCCUGAUGAUGUUACCUAGUUUGUAAAUGUCUGCAAGGACGUCUGCAAGCUCAGAGAGCACCAAAGAACUCUGAGUCAACUAACUUUAUAAAUGAAAAUAACAUAGGGGGUCAUAGAAAGAUGUGACACAAUCUCAAAAUUGGCCUUAGAUUUGAAGUUGAAGAGCGUGCAGUUACUAGUCAACACAAGGGAGCAUUCUAUUUUGUGCUGCCACAUUGAUGGUGCAAUUAACCUAUUGACGUAACUGUUUAACCUUGUUCAAGAUUGACAGGCAUGGGGCUACAGAAUGCAGAACCUCUGUAGAAUAGUAGGUGGCAGAGAAAAAAUAUGAAAACUAUUCUUUACUUCCAUUUUUGUUGCACAGAUCUACAAAGCCUGAUUAACCCCCUAAAUAUGGAAAUAAAUUCCUACUUCUGGCUUGUAUUAGCUAUGUUAGACUUUUAGGCAGAGGAAUUGCUGAAUAGCUACGAGGCUGUAUUCUUUAUACUAUAGUCUCUCAAGACAAAAGAUUUCUCAGGAAUAAGCUUAUUCUAAACAAUUAUUGAAUGUCUUUACCAAUGAUGGCUUUUAGAUGCAUGAGUCAGCUUCUGAUGUCACUCCAUUUCCUGUUUUGACAAGAGAUUUAUUUCAUGUGUCAUCUUUUGACUUGAAAAACAUUUGCCUUUUGUUCAGUAAUGUUCUUUAAACGUACGCACACACACACCCAGAUUUAAAAUACAAAAUAAUUAUAAACAAUAACAAUAAACAGAUAAUCUAAAACUUCAGCCCACUGUUUGAAGGUCACAGUUCUGUGCCAACUUCCCUAGAAAUAAUCCCGAUUAAGAUUUAAAUUUCAAGUCGGGUCAAGCUCCUAGAUACAAGAUGCAUUUUUAGAGACAGCUUUGAGGAAAUGGAAAAUAAACUCUGGGCCUCUGUUAAUGUUGUGAUUUCAAAGGAAUAUGGAGAAUGUGGUUCAGUUAUUACUCACAAUUAUAACCGCCCAGAGUUGCUCUGGAUAACAAGAUGGGUGGCGUAUAAAUUUAAUAAAUAAAACAACUCAAAUCAGCUCUCA